AGCUACUUUCAGCUUCAUCUGCAAGAAUGGGGAAGAUCAUUUUCUACGAGGACAGAAACUUCCAGGGUCGAUCCUAUGAGUGCAGUAAUGACAACCCAGACCUUCAGCCUCACUUCAAUGCUUGUAACUCUGUCCGGGUAGAGAAUGGAUGCUGGAUGCUCUAUGAGCGCCCCAAUUACAUGGGGAACCAGUACUUCCUAAAAAGGGGGGAAUACCCAGAUUAUCAGCAAUGGCAGGGGCUCAAUGAUUCCAUCAGAUCAUGCAGGCUGAUCUUGGACCAUCUUGGAUCUGGUGUUCAUAAAAUAAGAGUUUACGAAAGAGAUGACUACAAAGGAGAAAUGAUGGAGUUUAUGGAAGAUUGCCCAAAUGUCUACGAUCGUUUCUGCUCCCAUGAUAUCCAUUCUUGCAAUGUGAUUGAGGGUCACUGGAUCUUCUAUGAGCUUCCCAACUACAGGGGGAAGCAAUACCUUUUGAAACCUGGUGAAUAUAGGAGAUUCACUGACUGGGGUACUCAGAGCGCUAAAGUUGGCUCCUUCCGCCGUGUUUUGGAACCUUAUUAAAGUUUCCAAGUUAAAGAUUUCCCAUGUUAAUAAAAUUAUUGAUAAACAUUACUGUGGUGAAUCUUGCAAUUUGCAUUCAAAUAAACAAAACAUUUAUAUAAUAAAAUAGACAUGAAAUUCAAGACUAAAA